AAAAUACGUAAAGGAAAUGCCACGUGGACCAUACAUAGGAUUCUUGUUUGACCAAGACAGUAGUAAUAAAAAUAAAUAAAUAAAAAAAAAAGAGUCCAAGUGCUGUCCUCUGCAUCGCCGUUUAAGAAAGGUUUUAAAUUAUGGCUGGCUCUGCCACUUUACUCUUUAUAUCUUCCCUCUCUCUCGCCCACUGCUCUUACUGCAGCUUCUGCUGCUACUCCAUUCCCACAUAUCCACUUUUAUUAUUCUUCUCAUCUCUGACUCCAUCAUUAAUGCUUCCCGAGGGUUCCCAAUAUCUAAAUUCUCUCCCUCCCGCUUCUCCCGCUGCUUUUCCGGCGAUCCCUGCGCCUUGAUUCCUUCCCGCAGUCUCUGGGUUGAACGUUAGCUUUUAUGUUUGCAGUUUUAUUUUGAAAAAGGAGGAGGAGAGUAAGAACUACCUGGUGGGUGUUGUAGGGGGUUCUCUUCUUUCACAUUAGUGUCUGUUUUUAUUGGAGAUCAAGGAUUUCUGUAGUAUCAGUGAGUAUUUCUAUCUUGUUCUUCUUUUUACGAAAGCUAAGAAAAAGAAACUGAAACAAACAAACAGUUCAAAGAGGGAAGUGGGUUUCCUGUGGAUUUUGUUUGUUUUCUUCCUUUGUUCCAAAACAGCUAAGGCAUUGUCUUUUCGAAUAUCUCUCUCUCGGGGUUGUUGGGCCUGCUAGAAGUUUGAUCUGCAAUCAUUUAUUAUUUUUUCUAUCUUUUAUUUAAAGGGAAAAAAAAAUCACUUUGUGUCAUCUUCUUCCCUGGCUGCUACUGCAGCAGCUUCAGUGCUCCACAAUCUUCAGCUUUUGGCAUUUGUUUGUACGGAUACAAACUUUCUGCUUUCUCUUGUUUAUCCCACAAAUUAAAAAGUACAAAAAUAAAAAUUAAUACCUCUUUUAGUUGUAACCUCCAUAUCAAUUUGCAUGUGAAGCUUCCUUUUCCUUUGUUGCAAUUCGUUUCACAGAGCAAGCGUUUUUUGCCAUCAUGGGUUGCCCAAAUAGCUUUGCAUUUUUAUCCCAUGGCUACGGUGUUUCUACUCCAAGUGUUAUAUACGCUUAUUUGAAUUCCUUCAUGGAGGUCUUGCAUUGUUGACAGAGCAUUUAUUUGGAUAAUUUUGAAAUAGACAUCGAAGAUGCUAUUCGACAUCUGCUUUUUUCUUCUUUUAGUUCCUGUUGUUGUACAUUCUUUGGACUCAACAUUCAACGAUGAUGUUCUUGGGUUGAUAGUCUUCAAGGCCGGUCUUCAAGACCCAGAGUCUAAACUCGCGUCAUGGAAUGAAGAUGAUGAGAAUCCCUGCAACUGGGUCGGUGUCAAGUGCGACCCUAAAACCCAGCGGGUUACCGAACUGGUUCUCGAUGGUUUCUCUCUUUCUGGGCACAUUGGCCGUGGCCUUCUGCGCCUUCAGUUUUUGCAGAUUUUGUCACUAUCAAACAACAAUUUUACUGGCACUAUAAACCCUGAUCUCACUCAGCUUGGGGUUUUACAAGUAGUCGACUUGAGUCGGAACAACCUCUCAGGAUUGAUCCCUGAUGGAUUUUUUAAGCAAUGUGGAUCCUUGCGAUCAGUUUCAUUUGCUAAUAAUAACCUUACUGGGCAGAUUCCUGAAUCUCUGAGCUGGUGCACGUCAUUGGCAGCAGUUAAUUUCUCAUCGAACCAGCUUUCGGGCGAAUUGCCAUCUGGAUUAUGGUUUUUGAGGGGGCUUGAAUCCCUUGAUUUAUCUGAUAAUUUGCUGGAGGGAGAGAUUCCCGAAGGAAUCGCAAAUUUGGCUGAUUUGACAACCAUUAAUCUGCAGAAGAACAGAUUCACUGGACAGCUUCCAGUGGAUAUUGGAGGUUGUUUGCUUUUGAAAGCUCUGGAUUUUAGUGAGAAUUCUCUGUCUGACAUCCUUCCAGAGUCACUGCGGAGACUUAGGUCGUGCACUUCUCUUAGAUUGCGAGGAAAUUCAUUUACAGGAGAAGUUCCUGGUUGGAUUGGCGAAUUAACAAAUCUGGAGAGUUUAGAUCUUUCUGCCAAUGAAUUCAUGGGUCGGAUUCCAACUUCUAUAGGAAAUCUUAGUAUGCUAAAGGAAUUAAACCUGUCCAGGAACCAUCUUACAGGAGGGUUGCCACAGUCGAUGACAAAUGGCCUUAACCUUUUGGUUAUAGAUGUUAGCCAGAAUCGAUUGACAGGACUUCUUUCUCCAUGGAUUUUCAAGACGGGCCUCAAAAUUGUCUCGCUUUCAGUUACGUCUUUGGUAAGCUCUCUUCAAGGUCUUAAGGUCUUGGACCUAUCUUCAAAUGUGUUAUCUGGUGAAAUUCCAUCUGAUAUUGGGGUUGUUAGCAGUUUGCUGGUCUUGAAUAUAUCCAGAAACCGACUCUUUGGUUCUAUCCCAUCAAGUAUAGGAGAAUUGAAGAGGACUCAAGUUCUUGAUUUGAGUGAUAAUAAGCUAAAUGGAAGAAUUCCAUCUGAAAUUGGUGGAGCUGUUUCACUUGUGGAACUAAGGCUGGAAAAGAACCGUCUAACUGGGAGUAUUCCAACUCAAAUAAAGAACUGCUCGUCUCUAACAUCUUUAAUUCUAUCUCAGAACAACCUCACCGGUCCUGUGCCUGCAGCCAUUGCAAACAUAAGCAACCUCCAAUAUGUGGACUUAUCUUUCAACAACCUUUCUGGAAGCUUGCCAAAAGAGCUGACAAAUCUUUCCUACCUUUUGUCCUUUAAUGUUUCCCAUAACAACCUACAAGGUGAGCUACCAGUUGGGGGUUUCUUCAACACCAUUUCCCCUUCAGCUGUCUCUGGUAAUCCAUCUCUAUGUGGUUCUAUUGUCAAUCGCUCCUGUCCUUCUGUCCAUCCAAAGCCCAUUGUUCUGAACCCCAACUCUUCUGCCUCCUCCAAUGGCUCCUCAUUAAUCCACAAUCAUCAAAAAAUUGCACUCAGCAUCUCUGCCCUCAUUGCUAUUGGUGCAGCUGCUUUCAUUGCCCUUGGUGUUGUAGCUGUGUCUCUCCUCAACAUCCAUGUACGAUCUUCCAUGGCGCGAACUGCUGUUGCACUCACUUUAUCUGGUGGGGAAGAUUUCAGUUGUUCCCCAACUAAUGACCCAAACUAUGGCAAGCUUGUAAUGUUUUCAGGGGACACUGAUUUUGUUGCUGGUGCCCAUGCAUUACUCAACAAGGACUGUGAACUUGGUCGUGGUGGUUUUGGUGUUGUUUAUCGAACAAUACUUAGGGAUGGGCGUUCAGUCGCCAUAAAGAAGCUUACAGUUUCGAGCUUGAUCAAGUCCCAAGAUGAUUUUGAGAGGGAAGUGAAGAGACUUGGGAAGAUCAGGCACCAUAAUGUCGUGGCACUAGAAGGUUACUACUGGACUUCAUCCUUGCAGCUUCUUAUUUAUGAAUACAUAUCCAGCGGGAGUUUGUAUAAGCAUCUCCAUGAUGGAAACAGCAAAAAUUGCCUGUCUUGGCGACAAAGGUUCAACAUAAUUCUGGGGAUGGCAAAAGGUUUGGCCCAUUUGCAUCGUAUGAACAUAAUUCACUACAAUCUAAAAUCAACCAACAUUCUGAUAGAUGAAUCUGGUGAGCCAAAGGUUGGAGACUUUGGCCUGGCAAGGCUGUUACCAAUGCUAGACCAUUGUAUCCUAAGCAGCAAAAUCCAGAGUGCAUUAGGCUACAUGGCUCCUGAGUUUGCUUGUCGAACUGUGAAGAUAACUGAGAAAUGUGAUGUUUAUGGGUUUGGUAUCUUAGUUUUGGAGGUGGUGACAGGUAAGAGACCAGUGGAAUAUAUGGAGGAUGAUGUGGUGGUGCUCUGUGACAUGGUGAGGGGAGCUCUGGAGGAUGGCAGGAUGGAGGAUUGCAUUGAUGGAAGGCUUGGAGGAAAAUUUCCUGCAGAUGAGGCGAUUCCAGUUAUAAAACUCGGACUAGUAUGUGCAUCUCAAGUGCCAUCAAACAGGCCAGACAUGGAAGAAGUGAUCAAUAUUUUAGAGCUGAUCCAAUGUCCUGCAGAGGACCAAGAGGAAUUGGAAUGAGUUGAACCUGCAGAGAUGAAGAAAGAUACAAAAGUUUGUGUACUCCGGCGAAGUAGAAUCCGGUUUUGUUUGUUCAAAGAAGAAAAGAAUAUAUUGUUGAAUUUACAUUUUGUUUUUUCAUUUUUUUCCUCAAAUAAUUUCUUGUCAUUGUAAUAUUGUAUGCAUUUCUUUUUUGGUAUUCUUUUAUUAUCAGUUUCCGGAUUCUUUUUCGCCGGUUGGAUAUGGAGCAAAAACAAAUAUUGUACCAAUGAUAUAUAUAGAUAUAUAUGUAUACUGGACUGAAUCUA